AUGGCUUCAAAAAGAUCACUGACGAAACGACCUUUGAAUCUCAAUGACAUAGUUGAUGCAUUACACAAUAUAAAUUCUGAUGACGAUCUGCCCAGUGAAGUUACCAUUUUUCCACCGGAAGAUCCAAAUAACGAAAUAACAGACGAAGAUUCUUGUGAUGAAGAAUUUGUGACAUUACAUAAUCUCUCAGAGGCUUAUGACUACUCUGGUAGGCUCAAAUUUUCGCAAUCUGAUAUCGAUUAUCCAAAUAAGUCGAAGUUCACGGGCGAGCUGGCAGAAUCUCGGGCUACCGAGGUGAUGAUCCGCGAUGUUGACGAGCAAGCAAUGAAGCAGCUUGUUGAGUUUUGUUACACAGCACAUAUAGUUCUCGAGGAGAGUAAUUUACAGGCACUUUUGCCAGCGGCGUGCCUUCUACAGUUGCAAGAAAUUCAAGAUGUUUGUUGCGAGUUCAUCAAGAGACAACUCACGUAUAAUUUCAUACAACGGAAUUUUCCUGAGGUGAUGGAAAGUCUCUGGAAUACUUCGAAGCGAUAG